AUGAAUAUUUGUGAAGUUGGAAAUUUCAGUUUUCUCUUCAACUCCACUCGUUAAGUAUAAUCUUUUAAUUUACUUGUGCCCAAUUCUCAAUAUACUUAUAAAUGCCCCAAUAAAAAAUAAUUAUUAGAUCUCGAAGUAAUAAGUAAGGGUCGAAAUUGUCAUCUCCUAGAGGUGAUCUAACUGACACUUAAACCAAAGUAUCAACUUUAAUCUAAAAUAACUUAGUUGAUUGAGAGACUAAUGAGUCGAUAAAAGAAUGGAGUAAAUAAGGAAGAACAACAAUUUUAAUCAUAUUUCGAGCAUUUGGGAGGUAUAGAUAUUAAGGAGUGA